AAAAAAUUGUGUUUGAGAUUUCGUUAUCAAGUUAUUACACAUUGGACAUCAAAAAGACUUACGGAGAAAUCCCACCAAACGAAGAAUAGAAUACAGCUGAAAUUCUAAUUUGACACAAAAUUAUAACCUUAAAUACCCAAUGGUAUCGAUUUUCGCUUGGACUUGGCUUUGAUUUAACAAGUUUUUUAGUCAAUUAAAAAAAGUGUGAUUGUGGUAACCCGCGAAACAUUCGCAUCAUGGAGCACUCCAAUGGAAGUCGCAAGCGUAGUACAGAUCAGUCUGAGUUACCACCACAUCCACAGUCCUCUGCGAUGAUUGCCUCGGCAGAGGGUUGGAGCAGCAAAAGAAAGCUCUAUGCCAUUGAUGAGCGCGAGGAGAGUUCGCCGGUGACUGUGGGGAAGGCAGAGACUGAUUUGGCUUACGAUGCGGAUGUGGACGAGCUGGAGCAGCCGACAGGUGAGCGUGAGAUCAUCUACGAGCUGUUCCAGCCCUGGGCACUCAGCACAUAUGGAGAUCAAGCCAAGACCAAGACGAUAACACUGCGCAAGAAGGCGCGAAUUCUUAAAGCACUGGAGGGCAAGGAGCACAGUCGUCCUGAUAGCUCCAAGUUUCGCUUCUGGGUCAAGACAAAGGGUUUCACCACAAAUCGACCUGAUGGUUUUGAAGAGGCUCCUGGUAGUCGGCGCCGCCUAAAACCUCUUCCUAGCUCAGCCAUACUAUCGGAUAAUCCCGGCGAUGUCGAUCUCUUUGCCGCAUCCACCAGCAAGGGAUUCGGUCGCCGGACUUACCGCAAGGUGGCCUGUGUGGAAGAGUUCUUUGACAUCAUCUACAAUGUUCACAUGGAACUAGGAGGCCGUAGUGGCAUGCACGCGGGUCAGAAGCGCACCUACCGCAUUAUCACUGAAACCUAUGCGUUCCUGCCCCGCGAGGCAGUCACCCGCUUCCUGACCAUUUGUCCCGAGUGCAAAAAGAACCUUCGACCCUCCUCACCAUCGGCGGGAGGAAAAGACUCCGACUUGGCUGGGAACGAGAGUUCCUCGGAAGUGGAGAACUAUCUGAAUUACUCAUCGCACACCGAGAGUUCUUUAGAGGCAGGACCCACGGCCAAGCGCCGUCGGCACUCGAGCGCCGACCUCAAGGCCUCACUGCCGGUGGUCGGCACUGGCAUGGGCGUGGGCCUAGCUGUGGCUGGUUCUGGAAUUGCCAGCAGCUCCAGUGCCACUCAGCUUGAUGUCCUGGGGACAGGACCGCCCCAAAGCCAAAGCCCCAAGCCACCGCAGGCGGUACAGGCGGCUGUUGAAACGACGCCGGUUAGCGUGCCCAAAAUUCGCGUUAAGACCCAGUUGCAACGUCCAUCAAGUCCACAAGAUCAGUCCCCAGCAGACUCGAAUACCAAUCCUCAAAGCCAAUCACAAUCUCAAGCCCAGACCCAGACCCAGCCCAGUAGUCAAUGCUUUGAUGUACAGCUGCUGAAGUCGCGGGAUAAUCUCCUGAGAUACUAUGACUUCAUGAGGCGCUUCUAUGCCGGCGAACCGGUUUUAGCGCCGCCCAUUUACGGCAGCAGCCUGUUGCAGAGCCUCAGCUAUCCAACCACCAUCUCAACUGCUUCCACAGCAACCCCUACGACCCCUACCUCAACAACUUCAGCUCCUGGCAAGAUGCUAGCCCCUCCCAAGGCAGCCUCAUCUCCGCCACCCAAUCCACCGCUGAUCAAGACCUCUCCGGACAGUUCGUUAAGGGCACGUUCUCCUCCGGUUGCUUCAACAGCCAGACCUUCCGCCCCCAAGGAUAAUACUCACACACCGAUUAAUCUAACAAAAUCUAUAUUUUCCAGCCUAAAGACCGGACAUCCAGCUUCAACAUCAACACCGGUUCCGCUCAAGCUGGAACUGUCCAGUCCACCAAAACCUCUGCCGGAACUUCGAAUUCCGCAACUGCGGGGCGUGCCGCCCGUGGAGUUAUCCUUGCCGCUGCCGCCAUUGGAUUUAGAGCGACUAAAGCCUAUUACCUCGACAUACUUACAAUUGACGCGUAGUAUGGGUCUCAGCGAUGAGGAUGCCCUGCGAUUCGAUAACCUGUUUCUCUUUUCUCUGACAUGCUUGGCUUAUAUAUGUAACCCAACUAAUGCAAUGCUAACGAGCGAGAAAGACAAUGGCAGAAAAACACUUUUGCCGGCCGAACAACUGCCACCACACGACUACAAACAACUGCAACCAAAUCAUCCAUAGCCACAAAAUGCUUUCGGCCACCAAAUGCGUUUUGCAAUGAGCUGCGCACAAAAUUAUGCAAUAGUUUUUUCUAUGUAUUUUAAUCAUUUUGCCGUGAAAUUCCAAUUGAAUUUCUCGUUCUGCGCCUCCCCUUUAUGUUUCUUUUUUUGUUGUAUAAUUUUGAUCUCUUAAUGCUUGAAUUAUUUUUGGCUGCAAUUAUUUUUUCCUUUACUAAAAUUAUGU